AUGGCCGAAGCUCAGCAAGAAAAUGAAACUUUCGUGAAACAAGCUUUGGUAUCUGAUACCAAAGAUGAGAGCGAAGAGUUUGAACAAGUGGAUAUCAAAGAAUCCUUCGAAGAACAAACUUUGACAUCUGGAAAUGAAGAGGAUACUGAGCAAUUCGAGCAAUUAGAACUGAAUGAACCCCCUGAAAAAAUAGUGGCAGACGACCGUCGAAUUUUGGGUGAAGAUGAACUAAGGAAAAAUCUUUUAGAACAAGAAAAAGAAAAUGCGGAACUUGAUGCAAAACUUAAAGUGGCAGCAGAACGCCGUAAAGAACUUGAGAAACAGUUAGAAAAAAAACUUGAAGCACAAGAGAAAGAAAAUGCAGCAAUCGAGGCGAAGCUUAAAGCGGCCACAGAACGGCGAAAAGAACUUGAAAGAUUGUUAGAAGAGAAACUUAGGGCUCGAGAACAACAAGAUGGGGAAAACAUGGAUUAA